AUGUCACGUACAGUUCAUCCAUCCAGUGGCGUAAUAACGACAGUAAGAAGAAGUGAAUCUACCGGCGAAUCUUUCAAACUAUCCGACUUGCAGUCUUGUCGAAAAUAUGUCUCAUUCCUGACUCUCGUUUAUUUUCUGAUGGUGCUUACGCAAGUGUGCAAUCUUCUGUUUAUGACAUUUGCUGACCGAAAGCCAACUGUGAAGGACUUUUGCGAUAAGCAAUAUCCGGAAUAUAUCGCGUCAAAGAACUGCUCAUCAAAUGGUUCCUGUUGGGUUUUCAUUAAUGAAUCCAAAGUACUCUGCGGCUCGAGUUACUACGAUUUCAUGCCGAUUACAAAUGAUUUUGAAGUACCAGUUGAAUAUGUUAAACUAGGCACGACACUACAAAAUAUUGGUUUAAUGAUAGGCGCAGUCGUCGCCGGUAAUUUUGCUGAUAUUUACGGCAGAAAAAAGGUCUUAUUUAUUGGUACCAUUGGAAUGAUGAUAUCGUUGUUAGCAACGUCUUUCGCUCCCUCAUUCAUUGUAUUCACUUUUAUUCGUUUCUUUGAUAUGGUUUUCACAGGUGGGAAGCAUUGUGUGAGCAAUCCAUAUUUCAUGGAAAAUCUUCCUGACAAGCAUCGAAUGUGGAUAGCCACGGUGGUCACCUAUUCACCAAAUUACAUCAUCUUGUCCGGUAUUGCCUAUCUUAGUAAUGACUGGAAAACACUAUCCAGAGUAGCUGCUGGAUUAACCGCUUUACCGUUGAUAAUGAUUCCAUAUCUAAGAGAUACGCCACGAUGGCUUAUCAAAAAAGGUCAAGGUAAGCAAGCCGCAGAAGCAGCAGUUUAUAUUAAAAGAUGGGAUGAAAAGGUGUCGCCAGAGAAAGCGAAGCAUAUAGCUUAUAUUGUUGAAAAAUCCGUCGAAGAGGAGACAGAGAAAUCGAGUAAAGCUAAUCGGAACUACUAUUUUUAUCAUUUGUUCACAGAUCGUAAAUUGGGCAGCUACACAAUCGUCUUUGCCAUCAGUCUGUUUUCAACAAGUUUCAUCAGCUACGGCAUUGCCUACAAUAUGGAUGCAUUGGCGGGUACGGUCUAUAUGAAUGUGAUCAUCCUAGGUGCCGCACGUUAUGGUAUCAACAUUAUUGCCGCCAUACUUGAAUUUACAAUUCAACGUGUUGGCCGGCGCUUGUUGCAUUGUUUAUCAGCUGGAUUUAUCGUGUUUAUGAUGGGAAUGAUUUUUAUCAUCUAUUUAUUUGCAUGGCACCAAAUUGAAGAAUAUAAAGCGAUUGUAAAAGCCGGUGGACAAGGUGACCGAUUGAUUCAUGCAAUUGUCACCUUCACUCGUUACUCAUCAUUACUUGCCGCAGCGAUGUGUACCGAAUUAUUCGUCCUGAACAAUGUUCAGCCAACUGAGCUAUUUCCGACACCAGUACGCAGUGCUGGAAUUGCUUUUAUUCAAACAUUCAAUCGUCUCGGAACAAUUAUCAGUCCACUUGUUUUCAUACCGAGUAAACAUUGGCCUCCAGCACCGUUCCUCCUGAUGUUCAUCACUUGCCUGGCUGAUUUCCUUCUCUACAUCUUCAUCGUACCAGAAACUCGAGGCAAGAAACUGCCUGAUCAUAUGCCUGGCGAAGAAACGGAAAAAGAAGAACUAACGACUCGUAAACCUGGAGCUGACUUGCCAUCACUUAAGAACAUCCACACUAUCAAAUUAGAUGCAUCUUAA